UUUAUACAAGUUCUCAAAGAGGCAAAAGAGAAGGUGGGGGAAAAAGAGCAUAAAAUCUAUGUGUAUAUAUCGAUUAAAUCUUUACAAAAUCUGAUCCAGCGAUGCAAUAAUUACUUUGUUUCAAACAGCUUUAAAAGGGGUAUAGGAGAUCUCCGAUUUCUCAGCAGCUCGUUUGCCUCAAGUUUUGCAGUAAGAGAAAGCCAGGGAUUUUCAAACCAAACCAAACCAAACCGUCUAUCUACCUAUCUCUUUCAUCCUCCCUCUUACUCACGCACACAAGAAAACUUAAAAUGGGUAGCGGUUAUUUUGGAGAGCCAAACCUGGGAAAUGAAAGAGCUGGAUCUUCAAGGAAAGGAAAGAAGAAUUCAGAUAAGCCUAAGCAGCCACAGAGAGGUCUCGGUGUUGCUCAAUUGGAGAAGAUCAGAUUACAUGGCCAAAUGGGUUGUAAUUACCAUCCUUCUUUUCACACUCCAUACCCUACUAAUUUCAACCAGGAGGAUGUACGAGUGCAGACUGCUUAUUCAUCAGUACCAUCAUCAUCUUUUUCUUAUUCAUCAUCCUCAUCAUCCCCAACUUCUUAUGGUUGCCACCCCAGCAUCACGAUGGGGUUAGGCGAGUAUGAAAGAUCAACCUUCGUAUAUGGUGAUUCACAACCUACUACCACAGCAAGCAGUUGGAACCCUGCGAAUGGAAUCUUAGAGACCCAGCAUUUUAUACAACCGAGCAUGAAUAGACACCAUCUAAAUCUACAAGUUGAGGAUCCACAGCAAAAGAGGAACAAGAAACACAGGAGUAACUCAAGGGGCUCAAGCAGUCAGAAUUCCGAAUCGAGUGACACUCAAGAAGUAGAUUUGGAGCUCAGACUAUCGCUUUAGCCAGUGUUUUCUGCCACUCAAAUUAAUGGAUUCGAAUUCUACGCGUUUAGUUCAGAUCAGAAGAUGAAGAUAACCUGUUGUUUUGGCCAACAAAUUAUAAAUCGCGGUCAAGUCUAUGAGAGAUCGAGCAAGGUUAUAAACAUGAAACAUGUUUUAAGUAUGUGGAAGAAUCUUCUAUGUAAUAUUGAAAGGUAGAUUGACUUUCUGCAUUAGACAAUUAAAGUUUCUUCUUGUUAAUGAAUUGUCAAAGAAGUGAGAAA